GGCCGGCUUAAUAGAGGAGGGGAGGGGCCACGUCGUGACGAAAUGGGAGCGGGGAGGGAAACAGAUGCGACCCAAUCGGAGCCGAGCGCGAGAGCAACCGCCAACCGCCGCCUUCACCCUUCCGUCGCCCCGGCGACAGCUCCCGCCUCCGCCGUCUUCUCCCGCCUCCAAUCGGUACGAGCCAAUCCCCUUCUGCUGUCGUCAGAGGGUUGGGUUUUUUUUAAAAAAGGAGCAGGCCCCGCUGCGCAUGCGCGCUUUAAAAACGAAGCCGCGCGAGGAGCCGCCGGGGUAAGUGAGGGGAAACGAGCGCGGGGAAGUUGAGGGGGUCGCUCUGCCUUUGAAUUGGGGGUGAGUGAGUGGUGCGCAUGCGCUCCCUGGGGCCCCAUUUACCGUUGGCCCCCAGAGGCGGGAACGGUUAACCCUGGGGCCCUAGAGGCUGCCGGACUCCAACUCCCAUGAGCCUCAGCCAGCAUGGCCAGUAGCUAGGCAUGAUGGGAGUUGUAGUCCAGCAGCGCCUGGAGUGCCUCAGGGUUAGGUUGCCUGAGGGACCGUGUUCCCCUCAUGGGAAUCCAGCCAGGGGAGGCCCUGGUCUCAAUCCUGCCACCCUCCCAGGCCCAUUCAGUGGGGACGCGGGAGAGGGCCUUCUCGGUGGUGGCUUCUCCCAGGCGGCUGUGGAACUCCCUGCCAAGAGAAGCCAGCCUGGCUCCCUCCUUGUCGUCCCUCCGCGUUGCAGGUGGAGGAGAUCUUCCUGUUCCAACGUUCUUCCCCCCCCCCAAUCUUUUUUAUUGGUUUUCACAACAUUAUAAACAAAUACAUAAGAGAAACAAACAUAAAUCAUAGCCUUAUUAAAAAUUACACUUGUUAACAUUGUUAAGUGACUUCCUCGCUUCCCCUUGGUUGAAUUUCAUUGCAUGUCCUUUUAACGGUUUUCCAAAUCACAGUUCUUAUAAAAUUUAACUUAAACAUUAACAUCCUUAGAUCUUCACAUUAUGAAAUUAAACAUAUUAAUUCGACACUUAACAUAAAUAAAACCCUAAGCCAAUUAAGUAUCCUCAAGCUGUUUUCAGUUAAUUUAACUUAACAUAUUUCACUAAGUAAUCAUUAAAUUUAAUCCACUCUUCCUGAUACUCCUCCUCCUUCUGGUCAUGGACUCUUCCGGUUAGGUUGGCUAGCUCCGAAAAAUCCAUCAUCUUCAUCUGCCAUUCUUCUAUCGUUGGUAAUACUUGGGUUUUCCCCUUUUUAGCUAACAAAAUACGUGUAGCAGUUGUGGCAUACAAAAAUAAUUUAACGUGUUCCAACGUUCUUUUGGGAACCGACUGUUUUAAUGAGGGGUCUGGCGGCAUGCUGUUUUUAUUGUAAUUAUUUGAAUCGUGGAAUUGUAGAGUUGGAAGGGACCCUGGAGAUCAUCUAGGGUAGGCAAACUAAGACCCGGGGGCCGAAUCCAGCCCAAUCGCCUUCUCAAUCCAGCCGCGGACGGUCCAGGAAUCAGCGUGUUAUUGAGUAGAAUGUGUGCUUUUACUUCAAAUGCAUCUCUGGGUUCUUUGUGGGGCCUGCCUGGUGUUUUGACAUGAGCAGAAUGUGUGCUUUUAUUGAAAAUGCACCUCUAGGUUAUUUAUGGGGCAUAGGAAUUUGUUCAUUAAUUUUUUUCAAAAUAUAGUCCGGCCCCCCACAAGGUCUGAGGGACAGAGGACCGGCCCCCUGCUGAAAAAGUUUGCUGACCCCUGAUCUAGUCCAACCCUCUGCAAUUCAGGAAUAGGCAGCUGUCCCAUACGAGGACUGAACCUGCAACCUUGAUGCUAUCAGCAUCACACUCUAACCAACUCAGCUAUGUUUUACUAGAACUUGUGUAUGUCUUUAAUUGUAUUUUAAUUAUUGACACCCCCCCCCAUGUUUUUAGCUGUUCUUAUCUGUAAAUUUCCGGGGAGGGGGGAGCAGAGUAUAAAUAACAAUAUAAUGAUCACAAGAGUGUAUGAUUUGCAUGGAACUGUGCCCCAAGAUUCCAGUUGAAAGCAUCUUUCUGUCUUUUAAAACUCCCCUGGUUUUAAAUUGCUUGUAUUUUUUACUGUUCCAUGGUGUUUCAAUGCUUUUUCCCUUCUGUAAAGCAACUAAUAAUAAUACUUAAUGUGUUAAUUAGCUGCCCAAUAACUUAAUGUUGUUAUUGUUAUUUAUUAAAUUUGCAUGCCACCUGAAGAUCACAGGGCGGUGUGGUGUUCAAUAGAAACAAAAUUUAAUCCAUGAAUGUGUUUCUGUAAAUGGCAUUAAGACAUUUGGGAUAAGACAAAGGGACAAAAUUAACACUGGGUGCAGAACAGAGACCCUUGUAAUGUUGGUGGGAAAAAUUGCUUUGCAGCUAUGCGGCCCAAAGGAAGGUCACUGGUGGGCUAAGGCUCUUUUAAGUCCCUGACGACAAACAACUGAAGUGCACCUAUAAUGUUUACUUACUGUGAAAAGGAGCUUCAGAUGUAGUUAGUUCAGUGUGUUCUCUUUACCACUUAUUUAUAUGGCUUCAUCAGUGUGCAGAAUGCAGGGAAAGGAGCUUGCAGUAUAAAAUUUGGCUCAAGGUAAAGGUAAAGGACGCUGGUGGCACUGUGGCUAAACCCCUGAGCCUAGGGCUUGCCGAUCAGAAGGUCGGCGGUUCGAAUCCCCACGACAGGGUGAGCUCCCGUUGCUCAGUCCCUGCUCCUGCCAACCUAGCAGUUCGAAAGCACGUCAAAGUGCAAGUAGAUAAAUAGGUACCGCUCCGGCAGGAAGGUAAACAGCAUUUCCAUGCGCUUCUCUGGUUCACCAGAAGCGGCUUAGUCAUGCUGGCCACAUGACCUGGAAGCUGUCUGCGGACAAACGCUGGCUCCCUUGGCCUGUAAAGCAAGAUGAGCGCCGCAAUCCCAGAGUUGUCCAUGACUGGACUUAACGGUCAGGGAUCCCUUUACCUUUACCUUUUAAAGGAAGCACAACUGAUAUCCCGCAGUGCCCAUCUGCAAGUGUAAUAGCUGUGAUUCCUGCAUUGCAAGGGGUUGGACUAAGUGAGCCUUGGAGGUCCUUUCCAACUCUACAAUUCUAUGAAAGCAAUUUCUGCUUGUAUAGUCGGACUUUCCCCUUCCUCUCCCAGCAGCCCCCAUUGCCCCCCCCCCCUGCUGUAGAAGGCUGAGAGACCAUUUUGAGAAGAUUUCGAGGGAAGAAGGGGACAUCUGGUCGCACAGCUUUGGGCAACCCUGGGGUAAACAGGAGAAGGUGCACUUGAAUUAGCACUGAAAUUUCUUUGAACGUUAAGUAAAUGUUCUCAUAUAACUAACUGUCCCUCUGCUCUUUCCAGACGAUGAAGGGGGAACAAGGUCCAGCUGCUUCCCUCAUUGACAGGACCAUCGAGAUGAGGAAAGAAACUGAAGCAAAGAAAGUUGUCUUGGCAUGGGGACUUCUGAACUUGUCCAUGGCUGGGAUGAUUUAUACUGAAAUGUAAGAGAGGCAAACCCCCCAACUUCAUUCUGCAACCUUGCUGAUGGUUUCUUGUGGCCCAUAGUCAUCAGUGAGAUAAAUGUUCACCGCUUCUCCCAUGAAUUCAUCGUUCAUCAUCCCAUGAAUUCAUCAAGGAUUUCAAGACACUUUCUCUUGGUGUCAGCCAUAUAGGGGAUGGCUGUAUCUGGCUGUUUUAAAAAUGACAGAGAGAAUGUUCGUGGAAGUGCUUUCUGACGCUCUAAAAUGCUAUUAAAUUUUAAAGGGGUUAUUAAUGAGUAAAUGUGUCUGCUCUGCUUUGGCAGAUGACUGUUGGGUGGAAGACACAAAUCUCUCAUAGCUCAGAUUUGGAGGAGAGAAACAGGGAGGUCACUGUGAGGUGCUGGAAAUCCAGCCAUAAAGUUCAUCCUGGGGGAACUUGUUGUCUCUCCAUUGUAUCUUCAUCACGGGGAGUGAGCUAUUUAUUGUGAAUCACUGAAAAGUAGUUGGUGCUUCCAUGCUGUGGGGCUAUGAAUGACCUUUGUCUCCCUCUUCCCGCCCCCCCAGGUCUGGAAAACUAAUCAGUUCCUAUUAUAACAUUUCGUGCUGGUUACUAUGGUAUGUUGGUAAGUACUUUGAAACUCCAGAAAAAUGUAGAAGUUGGUUGAAUGGACUGGGGAUGUCUCUGCAUUUAUACCUUUAGGGAGAGAAAAAGUAAGUGAGGAGGUGAUUCUCUGGGUUUCGUUUUUUCAUAGAAUUGUAGAGUUUGAAGGGCCCCACAAGGGUCAUCUAGCCCAACCCUCUGCAGUGUUGUCAUCACAGCUAAAGAAUCCCUGGCAGAUGGCCAUCCAGCCUCUGUUUGAAAACCUCAUAACGGAGAGUCCCCCCACCUUCCGAGGGAGUCCAUUCCACUGUUGAACAGCUUUUACCGUCUGGAAGUUUUUCCUAAUGUUUAGCCGAACUACAACUUUCUUGUAGUUUUGAGUCCACUGGUUUGAGUCCUCCUCUCUGGAGCAGGGGAAAAGCUUGCUCCAUUUGACAUCCCUGCAGAUAUUUAAAGAUGGACGUAUUGUAGGGUUUAAAGCCACCUUGCUGUCCCCAUGCUUGCUUAUCCCUCUGUCUAGGUUCUAUCCAUAUUGAGUAAACAUGUUCAGGUGCAGACACAACACUAGCUUCCUGCAAUCUCUAGAUAUAAGGAUCUACUUGAAAAUAAAACCCCAAGGUGGUUGUCACCGAUGGAAGCGAAGGCUCAGAAAAAGCUCAAUAUGGAGGCCAAAUGGCCGAAAUAUUGGGAAAUUUUGGAACAAGAGGGAGAUAAAUUGAAAUUGCAGAGCUUUGAAAAACUAAAAAACAAAGUGCGAGAUUGGCUUCAUUAUUAUCAGAUAAUGGAGGCAUACAAUUUGGACAAGAAAAUUGGCUUCCAGGUGGAAAAAUCAAAAUUGGAAACAGAACUGUUAGAUCCCAAAACCAAGAUUCUGUCAAAGAUGUAUAACUUGCUUUUGAAAUGGAAUACUCAGGAUGAACGGUGAAAUCUGCUAUGAUUAAAUGGGCACAAGAUGUUGGACAUAACAUAAUGAUGGCUGACUGGGAACAGUUAUGGACAGCAGGUAUGAAGUUCACGGCAUGUAAUGCCUUAAGAGAGAAUAUUAUGAAAAUGAUAUACAGGUGGUACAUGACACCAGUCAAGCUUGCAAAAAUCUAUCAUUUGCCCGAUAAUAAAUGUUGGAAAUGUAAAGAAACUGAAGGUACAUUCUUUCACCUUUGGUGGACGUGCCCAAGGAUUAAGGCUUUCUGGGAGAUGAUAUAUAAUGAAAUGAAUAAGGUAUUUAAAUAUACCUUCCUGAAGAAACCAGAGGCCUUUCUCCUGGGCAUAGUCGGCCAAUUGGUGCCAAAGAAGGAUAGAACUUUCUUUAUGUAUGCCACAACAGCAGCAAGAAUACUUAUUGCAAAGUAUUGGAAGACACAAGAUCUACCCACCCUGGAAGAAUGGCAGAUGAAGCUGAUGGACUAUAUGGAACUGGCGGAAAUGACCGGCAGAAUCCGAGACCAGGGAGAAGAGUCGGUGGAAGAAGAUUGGAAGAAAUUUAAAGACUAUUUACAGAAAUACAGUGGUGCCUCGCAAGACGAAAUUAAUCCGUUCCGUGAGUCUCUUCGUCUAGCGGUUUUUUCGUCUUGCGAAGCAACCCUAUUAGCGGAUUAGCGCUAUUAGCGGUUUAGCGGCUUAGCAGCUAUUAAAGGCUUAGCGGCUAAAAGGCUAUUAGCAGCUUAGCGGCUUAGAAAAAGGGGGGGGGAGCAAAAAAAAUCGCAACACUCGCAAGACGUUUUCGUCUUGCGAAGCAAGCCCAUAGGGAAAUUCGUCUUGCGAAGCAGCUCAAAAACGGAAAACCCUUUCGUCUAGCGGGUUUUCCGUCUUGCGAGGCAUUCGUCUUGCGGGGCACCACUGUACUGCAAAAUUUAUGAAUGUUAGAAUGAUGUCGGAAUGAAGUUAAGUGGUUUUUAGCAGCAAUGUUAUAAAGGAAAAUGUAAAAAUGGAUUGUUAACAGGUGAUAAUCUAAAGCUAUAAUAUAUUAAGAUAAAGGAUUAAGAUAAAAACAAAGAGGGAAAGGAUUUGCUGAAUUAACUAAUUGAACUGGAAAACAAAAAAGGGAGGUGUGAGGAGGUCAGGGAAACAAGUAAACGAAAGAUAAGAUAUGGAAAGAUUGAUUUGUUUUUAACUGUUUUUAUUUUUCUGUACUUUGUAUUUUCUUUUUUCUUUUUUUCUUCUUUUUCUUUUUGUAACAUUUUGAAACUUUAAUAAAUAUCUUUAAAAAAAAGAAUCUGGUCUGUGUUUCAGGAGUUAGCUUCAGGGCUGCACCUCUCCUCCCUCCAGCCUCCCCCCCCCCCCCACCUCGGUGGUGCAAAUUUCUUCCCCUUUGUUCCCUUAAAAAUAGUUCAGCAUUAUAAGUGCCAUCAUCUGUGACUGGUGCUACCUCUGGUUAGACCAUUUCUGUGAGUUGCUAAGUGCAUAUAUAUGUGACAAAUUAUAAAGUAUUAAUUGCCCUUGACUGCUCUGGUUGCCAGGCAACUGCAUAAAUUCAGUGAGAUUGGAAUUUCCAUGUACCUUUUCUGCUACAGACCGAAACUUUUCAUACUGAAUUUCUUGAUUGUUCAAAUAUUUUGAUAAUCCCGAUUACCUGGUGAAACCAGCAUCUUUCGUACGAUAAAACCGAUGAGUGGCUGGCUGUGUAAAUUGUGACCAGUCUCAUGCCGUUCACAAACUCUCAUUGUAAUCUUCUGUUUUGUUCUAGAACUUGCAUUUGCGUCUUUGUUCAGCCUUAAUGCCUUAUUUGACUUCUGGAGGUAUUUUAAAUAUACUAUGGCCCCCACCAGCUUGGUGAUGAGUCCUGGACAGCAGACACUCCUGGGGUUGCAGAAUGCAGGUAGGAAUGCAGAUUUAAAAACAACUGCAAUUCAAGUAACUUAUUCAAAACAUUUGGAGCACCCGUGCAAAUACUGACACAAUGGGAGUGGUGUGUACUUGAUAUUUUCUGUGGGGAAAGUCAUGUAUUUGACAGAUCAUCUUGUUGAGGAGGGCAAGGGGAAGGCAAUAGGGUGGGAGUACCUGAUCUCAUGGGAUGUGGGUGGCGCUGUGGGUUAAACCACAUAGCCUAGGACUUGCCGAUCAGAAGGUUGGCGGUUCGAAUCCCUGCGACGGGGUGAGCUCCCGUUGCUCGGUCCCUGCUCCUGCCAACCUAGCAGUUCGAAAGCACGUCAAAGUGCAAGUAGAUAAAUAGGUACCGCUCCAGCGGGAAGGUAAACAGCGUUUCCGUGUGCUGCUCUGGUUCUCCAGAAGCGGCUUAGUCAUGCUGGCCACAUGACCGGGAAGCUGUACGCCGGCUCCCUCGGCCAGUAAAGCAAGAUGAGUGCCGCAACCCCAGAGUCGGCCACGACUGGACCUAAUGGUCAGGGGUCCCUUUUUACCUGAUCUUACAUGUAGCUGUGCUUGGUGUGCCGCCAGGAGCCUGUUGUUGCCCGCCAAGCUUUCUCUGCAACGCACACCACGAAGAGCAGAAAAUUAAAAAAGCAAAUAAAAUGGCUGAGUUCCUUGACAUAUAUAUACGAUCCUGUGGGAUGUGCAGAAGCUUUCUUUCUUUUCUUUUUUUAUUAGGUUUUAUAAAUAAGAAUAAUGUUUUACCAAUAAACAUAACAAGUUUUCUCAUGUUAUUUGUAUAUCACAAAAAAAGCAUAAUAAAUGUGGAAAAAUAUCUACAACAUACCGUAUAUUUCAUUAUUAAUGGUGAGUGUAUAAGUUCUUGGUUUAUGAAUUGGUUUAAAUAAUUAGGAAGAUGAAGAAGAAAGGGGUGAGUGGUGUGGUAUGGUUAUGCUUCUAUUAUUCUACUUUGUGUGAGGGGUUGUGUCAGGGUUACUUGUAUAGGUUCUCUUACUGUUCACUUGUUGUAUUUCCUUGGUGGUGAGAGAGGUUGGGUAUGGCUUAGGGUGUGCUUGGUUGUCUUUGGUUGGCUGUAGUGAGAAUUGUAUUUGUGUGUGAGCGGGGUGUGAGUGUGUAUUUUUGAAUCAGGUUAGCCAGAUUGAUUCAUAUGCUGUCGGGGGAUUCUUGUUGUUUUCCUGUUGGGCUGUGUAAAGGUGCAGAAACUUUCUAAAGCUUAAAAAUAUAUUUAAAAAUUUCAAUUUCAGCUGUCCAGACUACUCCACCCCGUGAGCUGACGCCAAAGAAAACUCCUCCUUCGACGCCUUCUCCUCCCAUCCAGGGGCAGAGUGUGCUGAGUUACAGCCCUUCCCGCUCGCCUAGUGCCAGCCCAAAAUUUGCCUCCAGCUGCAUGUCCGGCUACAGCCCUCAGCUCCAGGCUCUGUCGGGUAGCAGCUCUGGUUCUUACAGUGCUGCUAUGAGCUACUCCCCAGGCAGCUGCUACAGUAAGGU